AUCUCUCAGUAGUAGUAAAUGGCUAGGUCACCGAACAAACACGGCCGCGAUCAAGCUCAGGGAUUUUUGAAUGACUUGCAGGACUGGGAACUUUCACUCAAGGAUAAAGACAAGAAAAUGAAACACCAACAGUAUGGUCCCAUGAGCGAUUUCUCAACUGCUAACUCAGAGAAGGAACAGGGGAAUGAAUAUUUCAAGCAGAAGAAGUUCAAUGAGGCCAUCGAUUGUUACUCUAGGAGUAUCGCUUUAUCACCCAAUGCCGUGGCCUUUGCUAAUCGAGCCAUGGCUUUCCUUAAAAUCAAAAGAUAUCGAGAGGCUGAAGUAGACUGCACUGAAGCGCUAAAUCUAGAUGAUCGAUACAUAAAAGCAUACUCACGCCGAGCAACUGCAAGAAAACAACUCGGCAUGAUCAAAGAAGCCAAGGAAGAUGCUGAGUUUGCUUUAAGAUUGGAGCCUGAAAGCGAGGAACUUAAGAAGCAGUAUGCCGACAUCAAAUCUUUGCUCGAGAAAGAAAUCAUUGAGAGAGCAACUGGAGCAAUGCAAAGCACUGCAGAAGAACUCCUCAAAACAGCCGGUUUAGAAAAGAAGACAAAUACGGAAAUGAAGAUGAAGACCCAAGAGGCCAAAACAAACGGCGAUACGGUUAGACCUGUUUCAGGUAGCAAAGAGAUCUCGGGAAAGAAGCUCAUUGAAAGUGUACAACCUGAGAAGAAAAGGAACGAAGUUUCCAAGAAAGUGACGCCUAAGAGCGAAAGCUAUCAAAAGGAGGCAAAGUCUUCUGACAUAAAUGGUACUCAGCCUUCUGCAUCGGGAAACCAGGUUUCUAGAAAGCUGGAACUAAAGCCAUCUGUGCAAGAGCUUGCUGCUCAUGCAGCGUCACUAGCAAUGACUGAUGUCUCAAAAAACAUUAAAGCCCCAAAAUCUGCUUACGAAUUUGAAAACUCUUGGCGGAGUUUCUCUGGCGACUGUGCAUUACAAACCCAGUUGUUAAAGGUUACGACACCGAGCUCUUUACCUCAUAUUUUCAAGAACGCUUUGACUUCUCCGGUUUUGUUUGACAUGAUCAAAUGUGUGGCCACAUUUUUCAAUGAAGAUAUGGAUUUGGCUGUUAAAUACAUUGAGAACCUUACAAAGGUUCCUAGAUUCAACAUGAUCGUCAUGUGCCUUACCUCAAGGGAGAAAAAUGAGCUUUUGAAGAUAUGGGAGGAUGUUUUCUGCAGUAAAGCGACUCCGAUCGAAUAUGCAGAGGUCAUAGCGAAACUGAGAUCAAGAUACUGCCUGAAACAGUAACUUGGGAGAUGGCUCACUUUGGCAGCGUACGUGGUGAAGAUUUUGCAGACCCCGAAAGCAUUUUUCAGCCAUCAUGAACCAGUUUUUUUUCCGGGUCUGGAUGUGAAUUGUUCAUAUAUUUACCGGAAGAAUAUUAAAACGGAUUAUCAUUUUGGUUUUAGCUGAAAACUGUCAACUAAGAUAUGUUACUCAGAGAAAAGCUUUUCAUUUCA